ACUACAGCGAGCGGAUCUCUGAGCUGCUGCUGCUGCCUAUUUUUAGAAGUCUGUCCAAUGGGGAAGGGGUUUGAAGUAACCGUGGAGGAAAAAAAUAUAAUAAUAAAAAAUAUCGACUGCACUACAAUGAGUACGCACGACGCCUCGAAGUGACGGAAUUAAAAAAGUUAGAGUGUUUUUUUUUUAUUUUUAUCUAACUUUAAUAGUCUAAUCGCUGUGGCCCCUGGAGAAAGUUGCCGCGCAGCGCCAUGGCUGCCCAGUGCGACACUCUGAGCGGAUACUUGCUGCAGCAGCAGUCGGACCAGGGCUCCAACAGCGAGCGCAGCACCGACUCUCCUCUCCCGGGAUCAGAGGAGGACCUCAGCGGGCCCCAUCCGCUGCCAGACCCGGAGUGGACCGAGGAGAGGUUCCGUGUGGACCGUAAGAAGCUGGAAAUCAUGUUGUUAGCUGCCUCUGAGGGGAGAGUGAAUGGCGGGGAGGAUUUCUUUCAGAAGAUCAUGGAUGAGACCCAAACGCAGAUAGCCUGGCCUUCCAAACUCAAAAUCGGAGCCAAGUCCAAAAAAGAUCCACACAUCAAGGUGUGUGGGAAAAGAGAUAACGUGAGAGAAGCUAAAGACAAAAUCAUGUCUGUCCUUGACACAAAGAGCAACAGGGUAACUCUGAAGAUGGACGUUUCCCACACGGAGCACUCCCACGUCAUUGGGAAAGGUGGCAACAACAUCAAGAGGGUGAUGGAGGAGACAGGGUGCCACAUCCAUUUCCCCGACUCUAACAGGAACAACCAGGCAGAGAAAAGCAACCAGGUGUCCAUUGCAGGGCAGCCAGCAGGUGUGGAGGCAGCUCGUGUAAAAAUAAGGGAACUGCUACCUCUUGUGCUGUCUUUCGAGCUUCCAGCCAUCAUGCAGUCCGACCCCAGCUCCCCCACUGUACAGCACAUCUCACAGACGUACAACCUCACAGUUUCCUUCAAGCCCCCAACGCGUCUCUACAGGGCCACCGGAAUUAUUCGUGGUUCACAGAAUAACGUCAACGCAGUAAAGAGAGGCACAGCUCUGUUGCUGGAACACCUGGCCGGUAGUCUGGCGAGCACCAUCUCCAUCACCACUCACCUGGACAUUGCACCGCAACACCACCUUUUCAUGAAGGGACGCAACGGCAGCAACAUCAAGCACAUAACCCAGAGGACAGGAGCGCAGAUACACUUCCCUGACCCCAACGGCCCCCAGAAAAAAUCCACAGUCUACAUUCAGGGCAACAUUGAAUCUGUCUGCCUCGCACGGCAGUAUCUCAUGGGCUGCUUGCCUCUGGUGUUAAUGUUUGACAUCAAGGAGGACAUUGAGGUGGAACCUCAGUGCAUCACAGCACUAAUGGAACAGCUGGAUGUCUUCAUCAGUAUCAAACCGAAGCCAAAGCAGCCUAGCAAGUCGGUCAUAGUGAAGAGUGUGGAGAGGAACGCCGUCAACAUGUAUGAAGCUCGAAAAUUCCUCUUGGGUCUUGAGAGCAACGGGGUGUCCUCUUCUUCACCCUCCCUGGCACUGAAUCCCACCAGUAAUGGUCCAUCACCGUCCCUCAUUUGCCCUGUUGGACUGGACAUCCUGACCUCAGCUGGCCUGGGGCUGAGUAAUCUGGGUUUCCUAGGUGUGACAGCGUCCCAUUCCCUCCCCACCUCUGCCACCCCGAACACCGUUCUGAACAGCCUAAACUCAGCUCUGAGCCCCCUGCAGACGCCGAGCCCAAACACUCCCACACCAUCCCCCUCCAUGUGGCCCAGUUCGCUCACCAGCACCCAAAGCUUCACUUCCCAGCUAGUGCUGCACCCUGCAGCUCAGGCCACCCUAAGCAGCAUUCUUAUGUCAGGCGUGCAGGGUUACACACACAGCACACCAUCUCCUCCACCUGGCCUAGCCCCUAUAGACAAACAGCCAAACGGGAUCCCUGAAUGCACACUUAACGGACAUGUAAAGCAUCCUGCUUAUGGGAGGCUAGCGACAGCAUCGCUCACAGAAACAGUUUUAAGUCCAGCUCCUUGUGAUUCGGCCAAAGAGGCCAGCGGACACAGUCCGUCAGAGCCGCUGUCAAGCAAGUCCAACCCAGACGAAGGCUCCGACACGUUUGUGGAAGUGGGCAUGCCUAGAAGCCCCUCUCACUCAGCCAAUGGGAGCGAGCUGAAACAGAUGCUGGCUUCGUGCAAGACGUCAUCUGGGAAGCGACAGGCUGUCGAGCUCCUGCAGGGCACCAAGAACUCCCAUCUACAUUCUGACUGUCUCCUGUCGGACGCUGAGUCCAGCUCGUCGGACGGUCCUGUGGCAGAUAAGAGGGCACCUGGCAGUGAGCGGGCAGCCGAACGGGCAGCACAACAAAAUGAGAGGGAGAGGAUCAGACUGGCACCACAGACUUCUUUUGCUAACAUGCAGGCGUUUGACUAUGAACAGAAAAAGCUGUUGGCAACCAAAGCAAUGUUAAAGAAACCUGUGGUGACGGAGGUGCGGACCCCGACCAACACUUGGAGCGGUCUGGGCUUCUCAAAGUCCAUGCCAGCUGAGACCAUCAAAGAGCUGCGGAGAGCCAAUCACGUCUCAUAUAAACCCAGCAUGACCACCACCUAUGAGGGUUCCCCGCUGUCCUUGUCUCGAUCCGGCAGCCGGGAAGGCGUCGGCAGCGGCAGCGACUCGGACAACUGGAGGGAGAGAAACGGGAAUGGCCUGCCGAACCACACAGAGUUCCCCUCCGCUGUCAGCAGUCCGAAGAGAAAGCAGAACAAAUCUGCUGCAGAGCAUUACCUCAGCAGCAGCAACUACAUGGACUCCAUCUCCUCCGUCACCGGCAGCAACGGCUGCAGCCUGAACUCGUCCCUGAAGGGCUCGGACCUGCCCGAGCUCUUCAGCAAGCUGGGUUUGGGAAAAUACACAGACAUCUUCCAGCAGCAAGAGAUUGACCUCCAGACAUUCCUGACUCUAACAGACCAGGACCUGAAAGAACUAGGAAUCACCACCUUUGGUGCCCGCAGGAAAAUGCUACUUGCCAUUUCAGAACUAAACAAGAACCGAAGGAAGCUUUUUGAGCCACCCAUCAGGUCCUCCUUCCUAGAGGGGGGAGCCAGCGGCCGACUCUCCCGCCAGUUUCACGCCGACAUGGCCAGCGUCAGUGGGCGGUGGUAGGCCUCAUCUGUGAAGACCAGCCUCCUGUGUUCUUCAUUGAUACCCCAAGUACCUGCCGUUGUGUACCCCCCCCACUUUUUUUUCUGAAGUGUUGCAUUAAUAUGCAGUAAAAAAAAAUAUUUUUAUAAAAAGCCAUAGCUGAACCUGAAAUGCCAACUAAUAAUAAGGAAUUUUUCAGUGUUAACUCCUUACAGAACUCUGUCUGGAGUAUUUCUAAAUGAAGGGUAACCUUAUGGUUCUUAAGAAGGAACCUGUCCCAUAUUUCUCUUCACAUUUUGUAAUAAGGGAACAGGCAGAAUGAUUAGUACAAUCCUUUUACAGAUUGAUACUACCUGCAUUUGUAUUAUGCGAUUGUAUCAGUAACUUGCACUUUAUUACUAGAUUUUUGCCUGUGAGAGCCUUACUCCUUACAAUGAAGGAAUAUUAACUAUACAUGUUUUUAUUGAAUGAAAGCACAGAUGCAUUUUGUUCCAAAAAUAAAUAAAAGGAAACACUUAGGCAGUGAGAUUAGGGCUCCACCAAAUAAAGUAGGUCACUACACCCGAUAAGUGACUCUAUCAACUUUAAAGGAGUAAUUAAGGAUUUAUGAAGUGAGGUUCUGUUAAGAAGUUAGAAGCAGUUAAUAAAAAAACCUUCUGUGGAGCUGUCUUAAUUUACAAUAAGUACAGAUGUUUGGUCCUGCAAGCUGAAGCUAACCGCAAAUUAAUAUUCUACCACCGCAAGACAAAUAUGACACAUUAAGGUAAUGGUGUUUGGGCGUGAUCAAAUUUCCAUUGGAUGGCUAGUUAUAUAGGAGCUAGUGAGAAUUUACACAGGAAAUGGAGGCUGGAGGCGGUUCACCCAAUAAUAUUCUUCCUCUGCAAAACAUGAACUGAGAAUGGAACAUGUAAAGCAUUUCAGGUUAGAGUAACUGAUAUAAAAGUAAGGCACUGUAAAAAUUUAUAAAAUCACAUUUGCCUAAUCUGCUAUGAUAAUCUUGCCUUUUUAUACCAGAUGAUUACUCUGAAAAGAAACUGUGUUCCUUUUCAGUAUAUGUUUCACUCAGGAAGAUUAUUGGUGGCAUACUGCCUCCAACUGUCUGUGUGUAAAUAACCACCCAAUGCAGGCAUAAUGAUGGAUUAAACGUUUAUAAAGUAGUGUUUGCAUAAACCAUUGUGAUGAUGUUGAGAGUGAAGUUGUUUCUGGUUACUUUAUGUCCCUUUCAGGCUAAUUGUUAGCUUUAGCCCUCAAGACCAACUAAUCUGGAUCUAUACUAAAUGAUAUAGCUAUCUAGUUAUCUAUGGCAAGUAAAAUAUUAACCCCUCACAACCCUGUAAUACAACCUUGCUUCAUAAAUCUUGACCUAUCCCUUUAACAAAAUAAACCACAGGAAAUAACAGUGGCCUUUUACCAUUGGCUGUCAUCAGUGUGUCAGUAGGAUUCCUCCUUGUCUGUGCAUAUGAAGACGAAGCAAAACAAACAAAAUCUUUUGUAUUCUUACCGCAUUACAAUUUUAUGUUUAGUUUUCAUUACUAUUUUAGGCGAAUGAGUGGAAUGUGUAAUGUAAUCAGUUUACAUAUGUAUUUUUAUAAGUUCAUGAUGAGGUUUUAUGAUUUUUUAUUAUUAUUAUUUUUGCAUUUAUUGUAUCUUUUACUUUUUUCUACCCCUAAAUCUGUGGACCCAUGAUAUGGCUGUGCCAUAACACAGCAGCAGAGACACGCGGCAGCCAGCCUAAGCCUUAAAUGUCCUCCCUCUGAUUGUGUCAGCAGACGGUUUUCUCUGGUUUUUGUCCAUGGUGCAUGUUUCAUCCAAUAUUUGUAAGCUCCAUGUGCUUUAAAUUUCGAUUCUCUAUUGCUUGUAUCCAGAAUGUGAGAUUCUUAACCAAGACUUGAGUGCCUUUUUUUUUUAUUCAGAGAAAACAAAGACCUCAUAACAGAGCAAAGCUGUGUGUUUGUAGCGUUAAGUGCCAAUGUACAUAGGUCGUUUUUCAGCAGGGAGAUAUUUCGUUAAGAACACUAAUAUUUUGGUCUGACCUUUCUUGUCCAGAUAGACCAUGCAUUACACAAAAAGCCAAUAUAUUCUCAGCCAAGCUGGCCUAGUGUGAGAUGUUUUGCGAGACACAAGAAUGGAGAAAGAAAUUCACUAAAAGGGCUGAGAUUUAAGAGAAAAACAAACAAAAAUCUGGAUUUUUCUACUAUCAGUCAUUCAAUCUAAUAUCUAACAAACCUGGUUAAGCAGGCUUGAGUGAAGUAACAGGAUAAUGCAUGCACUGACUUUUAUAAUCAGAGCCCUUUGCUUGUUCUGUAUUCCUUGAAGAUUUUCAGACAUGUGUUAGGAGAAGGAGAAACAUCAUUUCCAGGCAGCUCAUUAACUUGGAUAACUGAAAUAUCAUUUAAUUUUAUAUGAUGUUCUUUAAAUAUCUCUGAUAUAAUCUAGGAACAAUUUUCCAAUGCCCUGAGCAUGUUCAAGUGCAAUUAAGUGGCUCUAUGUAAAGUAAGUGCAUGUUUAUAUUUGCAGUAUAUUGAUUGUAAAAAUGAAGAAUAAGAAUUGUAUUAGUUUAAUUGAGAGUAUAAAAUUCCUGAGACAUAUUAACUCUCCAAAUUUUAUUUAGAUGGAAAAAAAGAAAAUAAAGGGAAUCAAUCAGUUAUUCAUUCUUUUAGAUUCAGGCCUGUUCUGUUCUUCACAUCUGAUUUCAACUGUUUUCAGUGUGGGUGAAUGCUGAUUAAUAUUCUGACACGGUUGCUAAUGCAGACCAGGUAUGGUAGUUUUUUUGGUGUUUCAUUUAUGUGAUAAAGAGAUUAAAUUAGAGUGGGGUUCUGUAUUCUGAGAGGAUUUCGCAUUGACUCGUCAUGGUACAUACAUCUGGACCCACCCCUGAAGUGCUGCAACUUGUGUUCCUGCUCCUACUCCCAUUUCUCAAUUAUGACGUAUUUGAAGGAAUCUUUGUACUGCAGUCGAAUGGUACAUUUAUAGUAAACGUAAACCACUACACAAAUUAUGUAUGUAUUUCUUUUUUUAUUUUUAUCCAGCUGUUAUUUUGUCUGAGAAAAGGUACAAUUCUUCUCAGUGUUCCAGGAAAGAAAUGCCGUGUAAAACAUUUCCACGAGGCCAAAGCUCUGUUGUUCCAUCUGUUGAUGUUGAUGUUAUUCGAACUGUAUUGUAGCACAGAUAUAAGCAGAAAAUAGUCAGCAGACGAAAAAAUGUUUGUUCAAAGAUUCCAAUAUGAAGGAAAUAAAUUUAUGUAAAAAUCA